GCAAGUGAUGAUGGCAGUAUUAAAUUAUGGGAUUACGAAAGCGGUCAUUUCGAAAAAACUUUGAAAGGACACACAAGUAAUGUAAAUUGUUUGGCAUUUGAUCCUACUGGAAAAUAUAUUUGUAGUGCUAGUAGUGUAUAAUUAAAUUUGAUAAUAAGGAUUUAUCAAUUAAAUUAUGGGAAUUAAAAAACCAUACAUGUGUAAAAACAUUAAUUGGUCAUGAACAUAGUGUAUCAACAGUGUAAUUCUCUGAUCAUGGAGAUUUUAUAUUGAGUGCUAGUAGAGAUAAAAGUAUCAAAUUAUGGGAAGUGUAGACUGGAUUUUGUAAGAAAACCUUUUCUGAGCAUUAAGAAUGGGUCAGAUGUGCUGUAUUUAGUAAUGAUGAAAAACAAAUGGCUUCUUGUUCUUAAGAUUAAAUGAUAUAUAUUUGGGUUAUAGAUAGUGCUUAAGUAUUGCAUUAAUUGAGUGGACAUGAACAUGUAGUUGAAUAAGUCAAAUAUAUUCCAGAACAUGGAGCUAAAUAAAUAUUAACAUAACAAUAAUAGCAAAACAUUUAAACUAUUAAUUUAUUAGUUUCUGUUUCAAGAGACAAAGAAAUUAAAAUUUGGAAUACUAUUUCUGGUACUAAUCUAUUUACAUUAUCUGGACAUGAUAAUUGGGUUAAUGGAGUCUCUUUCCAUCCAGAUGGAAUUCAUAUGUUAUCUGUAUCAGAUGAUAAGACUAUUAGAGUAUUAUUAUCAUUUAUUAGAGGUUUGGAAUUUGAAAGAACAAAAAUAAAAAAAGAAAAUUGAAAAUGCUCAUGAUAAGUUCAUUUUGAAAUGUGAAAUUAAUAAAUUUAUAUUUGCCACAUGUUCUGUAGACCAAACAAUUAAAUUAUGGCUAUUAAGUUGA